AUGCAGCAGCAGAUGGCGGCGACGGUGGAGGAGCAGAUGAUGGUGAAGGCCAUCAGGGAGGAGUCGCCGUGGGAAGCCCUCCCCAAGCGCAUCCAGGCAGCGCUCGUGUCCAAGGAGGAAUGGAACCGCAGGAUUGUGGAUUAUUGUAUACGUAAAAGGUUGCCUUGGAGCUCCUGUUUUGCCCGAAAAGUAUGCAAAGAAGGGGACUAUUAUGAGGACCUGAUGCGCUAUCUCCGCAAAAACCUUGCAUUAUAUCCAUACCAUCUUGCAGUCUUUAUAUGCCGAGUAAUGAGGAUAUCACCCUUCAGAUAUUACUGUGAUGUCCUUUUCGAAGCUAUGAAGAAUGAGCAACCAUACGACAGUAUUCCAAACUUCAGUGCUGCAGAUGCUCUUAGGAUUACUGGUGUAAGAAGAAACGAAUUUAUUGAUAUCAUGAAUAAGUGCAGAUCAAAGAAGAUAAUGUGGAAACUGAACAAAUCAAUUGCGAAAGAGUUGUUGCCAGCAGAACCUGCCGAUUUAGCAAUAGAGCCAUGGUGGGGCGUUCGAUUUGUCAACUUCACAUUGGAAGAAUUUAAGAAGCUUUCAGAAGAUGAGACAUCAGCAAUAGACAAAAUAUGUAAGGAGGAAGUCAAUUCAUAUGUUCUAUUUGACCCGGAGGUUGUACGGGGCCUUUACAAGAGAGGGAUGGUAUACUUCGAUGUCCUGUUUAUCCUGAUGAUCGUUUUAGAGGCUGACCUUUAUCAGCUCCAGGCAGCUGCAUCAUUUGCUUGUCGACUAGGAUGGGAUGUAAAGCUUUUGGACACCGACUUUGUUCUUAGGGAUUCAAGCACUCCUGCAUUGUCCAAUAAUAUUCUUAGUGAUGAAGUCGAAAGUUCACGUACUGAGAUGGCUUAUGUGGGCUUCAUUGUGGAUGCUAAUGUAACUUCAUACUUAAUGAUGGGUUCACUGUCUCCAGGUUUAAAGUCGCAUGCUGUAACACUAUACGAGGCAGGAAAACUUGGUGAUUCUUGUAUUGCUGAUUUAUGCAAUGAUCUAGCCAGUUUAGAGGGAAAACGGUUUGAAGGUGUGCUGCAUGAAUUUGCAAAUCAUGCUUUUAGCCUUCGAUGCUUCCUUGAGUGUUUGUUGUCUGGCGGAACUUCAAAUGAAACAAGCAACCUGACUAGUGAAGCAAAUAAUCAGGAGAGCUCUAUGCAGGAUGAUUUAGAUACCACUUCUACUAAGGAAAACAAAGAAAAUGACGGUGUUCAUAAUGCUAUUGUGAACUCAGUUCAAAUUUUGGAAUCUUCUGGUGGUGGUCAAUAG